CACGUCCUCUUCAAUUUCUUCUCUCCUCGUCUUCCGCAGUUCCUCUCCCAGUGGAAGACCGCUGGGCCAUUGCAAACUCCGCAGGCGGGGAUUUUUUUUCUUUUUCUUUUUGUUUGCCCUUCUCGUACCACAAGUUGUCGGCAUUGAACAAUUGCCACAAUGGGUACCGCAAAGAAGGAGAAGGCCCGCAUGGAGCGGGAGGGGAAGGUGAAGGGCGACCCCAAGGUCAAGGGCGAGAACUUCUACCGCUCGGCCAAGAAGGUCAAGACCCUGAACAUGUAUAAGGAAGGAAAGGCCAUACGCAACAAGGAUGGCAAGAUCGUCAAGGCUGCCGCGUUCCAGAGCAAGGAGGUUCCCAAGGCUGUUGUUGAGCCGAACCGGAAGUGGUUCACCAACACUCGAGUCAUUUCCCAGGACACGCUCAAGUCGUUCCGGGAGGCGAUCGCUGAAAAGGAGAAGGACCCUUACACGGUCCUGCUGAAAAGCAACAAGCUCCCCAUGAGCUUGAUCCGCGACGGCCCCAGCCUCCAGGACGGCCUUAAGAAACACCGGGCGAAAAUGACGAUCGAGAGCGAGCCCUUCUCUGAGGUCUUCGGACCCAAGGCACAAAGAAAGAGGCCGAAACUGAGCUUCAACACCGUCGACGAGCUUGCCGACCACACUGAGCAGAGUCUUGACUCAUACCAAGCCCGUCAAGAGCAGAUCAAGUUGCUGAACGGCGCUGCGGGAUCUGCGGCGACAGAGGGUGAUGAGCCGGUGGAGGAGGAUUUCAGCGUGGCGACGGCGAAGGAGGCCAUCUUUACCAAGGGCCAAUCCAAGCGCAUUUGGAACGAGCUGUACAAGGUGAUCGAUUCUUCAGACGUGAUCCUCCACGUUUUGGAUGCCCGAGAUCCGCUGGGGACAAGAUGUCGCCAUGUCGAGAAGUACCUCGCUACCGAAGCUCCCCACAAACAUCUCGUGUUCGUAUUGAACAAGAUUGACCUGGUCCCGUCAAGCACAGCGGCCGCUUGGAUCCGAGUGCUUCAAAAGGAUCACCCCACUUGUGCCAUGCGGUCGAGCAUCAAGAACCCUUUUGGCCGGGGUUCUUUGAUUGAUCUCCUCAGACAGUUCAGCAUUCUACACAAGGACCGGAAACAAAUCAGUGUCGGCUUGGUGGGCUACCCGAACGUCGGCAAGUCGAGCAUCAUCAACGCUCUUCGUGGCAAGGCCGUCGCCAAGGUUGCACCCAUCCCCGGUGAAACCAAGGUCUGGCAGUAUGUCACACUAAUGAAGAGGAUCUAUCUUAUCGACUGCCCGGGUAUUGUGCCGCCAAAUCAGCACGAUACCCCGCAGGAUCUCCUGCUCCGCGGUGUCGUCCGUGUGGAAAACGUUGAGAACCCGGAACAAUACAUCCCCGCCGUGUUGAAGAAGGUCAAGUUGCACCACAUGGAGAGGACGUAUGAGCUUAAGGGCUGGAAAGACCACAUGGAGUUCCUCGAACUCAUGGCCAGAAAGUCCGGCAGGCUGCUCAAGGGCGGAGAGCCGGAUGUUGACGGUGUUGCCAAGAUGGUUCUCAAUGACUUCAUGCGCGGCAAGAUUCCGUGGUUCACGCCGGCUCCGGCAAUGGAGGACGGUGACGAUGCCGUCAUUGAAGGCAGACAAGGGCGGCUCGGCGAGAUGCCUCUGAAGCGGAAACGCGAGGAGAGCGAGAGUGCUGCCGACCCCUCAUUAGCUGGCUCAACCGUAGCCGCUGAGGAAGAAGAGGAUGACGAGGAAGAAGAUGAGGAGUUUUCGGGCUUUUCGAGCGACAGCGAAUCCGAGCGAGAAGAUGAGCCUGGAGGAGCGGGCGAGACAGAAGGCGCUGAAGAUAUGAUACCCCUGGACGGCUCGAGCGAGGAGGAGGAGGAGGAGGAGGAGGAAGGCUCCCAGGAUGAAGAAGACUCAGAGGAGGACGACGAGGAAGAUGCCGAUUCUGACGUCGACAUAGAGGGUGCCAGCGACAUACUCCCGUCAGAGGACGAGUCGGGCCCGCCCGCUCAGAAGAAGCGCAAGAAGGCGAGGUAGCCGCUCCGCCAAUGUUAAAUAAAGCGAAUUCCUGCGAAAUUAUCCGCGAUCUCGUAUUUGUUGUCCCAGCAGCAUGUGCACCUCGAAGGUUCCCCGUGUCGUGAUAGAAGUUCAGAGUGUUGAGGACGGGGGUAGUAGUAGUCGGUGAUUGGCGGCGGGUUGUGUGAGCUUUACGGAGGGGACUCGGGAUAUGAGUACUAACCAGGAUGAAAUUGCCGUAAUAGGGGCCAUAUUGAUGGACUUCGUAACAAGGACCCCAAAUUAGCGUUGCAGUUGCCAGCAGUGGUGUCACGCU